CAGAGUCAGGCGUCAGCUGUUCACAUGAGCACAGGUCGGACGCUGAGUCUGACCCACAGCUCAAAGAGGGAACCACACAGUCACAAACUCCUGACAGCCUGCUGCGUUUACUGGAAUUUGAUAAAACUACAACUGAAGAUACUUUUGUUUCUCUGUGAAAGCUCAUGUAUACUCUGUGAAGACAUGCCUCAUUUCAGGUGCACAACAGGAAACAGUUCAGUACGAGUUCUUCGUACAGGAGCUUCCUCUUUCCCUGGACGCCACAUGCAGGACGUUCCAGUUUCCCCUCUUCAAUGAACAAAGCGGAUUCACAUCCAGCUCAACCACAACAGCAGUAGAAGCAAUAUUCCUACAAGAUGGCAGUCACUUCACUUUUUGUUACUGAGGAGCCAGGAGCUGGCUUAGCUGAGGUGGACAUAUGUACGCUUGAGAUUAAUAUCAAGCAUGAAGUCAUCCCAUCUAUUGUGUGCUCUGUUUGCCUCUCAUUUGGCCUCAUCUACUGCUUUUUCGGAUACCGCUGCUUCAAGAUGGUCAUGUUCUUCUCUGGCUUCAUGCUUAGCUCAGCGGCCGUACUCCUCUUGUAUCACAAGGAGCCUGUGUUGGACACCCAGCUGGGGACAGAGACAAAGGCAGGGAUCGGCCUGGGCGUGGGCGUGCUCUGCGGGCUGAUGACCAUGCUCGUGUCCACUAUGGGACUCCUCCUCAGCGGCCUACAGCUGGGGAGCCUGCUCUGCCUCUCCAUCCUGGUGGUUAUCGGACAGUUUCACAGCCUUACUCCAUUGUGGGUGCCUCUCAGUGCCGUACUGGCUGCCAGCAUUGUCACUGCUGUCUUCACACUUCAGUGGCAGAAACUGUUCAUCAUCAUCUACACGUCUGCGUUUGGAGCAACCACUGUGAUGUUGUGUGUGGAUUACCUGCUGGGGACAUUCAUGCUGCCAGAUCAGGUGUAUGAUAUGUUGUGUCAAGUUUCCCCACGUCCACUCUGCUGGUUUAACUGGGCGAUCACCGGGAUAUGGCCUGUUAUGAGCCUGAUAGGUGUGUUGGUGCAAUGGAGGUUUACUGCCAAAGGAGUAACACACAUAGAAGGUUCACACAAAAAACAGAAGAAACAUGCCAAGAAGCACAGACAUAGAGAGUCAAGGAGAAGACCUCAACCACACCGUCGACGCAGGCCUCCAGUGCUGAAACGCUACGCAGGAGACGUCCUGGCACCGAGUUAUCUCCAGAGCCUUCAGGAGCGGCAGAUGGGAACGGGCUCCUCAUCCAGCAGCGUCAGCACAAUCGCACACACUCUAAUUGACUUUGACUUUGAGACGGGCUCCAUGGUGCCUCUG